AUGUCGCCUAAAGUAACUAAUGCCACGCUUAACAAUGGGAAAGAGAUGCCGAUGGUGGGUCUUGGGACUUACACGCGUCAAUUUGAUCCGGAAGCUGUUAAACAAGCUGUGGAAUGGGGAAUAGAGUGUGGUUAUAGACAUAUAGAUACUGCUUCAUUUUAUAAAAAUGAAGAGUUUUUAGGGGAGGUAAUAGCCAAUAAAAUUAAACAAGGAUAUGUUAAAAGGGAAGAUUUAUUUGUAACUACAAAGAUUUGGAACAACAGUCAUUCUGAAGAGGCUGUGAUACCAGCAUUGAAGGAAUCAUUAAGGAAAUUAAAACUUGAUUAUAUUGAUUUAUACUUAAUACAUUGGCCUGUAUCUAUAAGUGAAAAUGGAGAGGAUACAGCUAUAGAUUAUCUAAAUACCUGGAAAAGUAUGGAGGAAGCUGUACAUCUUGGUCUUGCCAAGUCAAUAGGGGUGUCAAAUUUUAAUGAAGAACAACUUGAAAGGUUGUACAACCAUGCUAAUAUCAAACCAACGGUUAAUCAAGUCGAGAUAAACCCGACAUUGACCCAACAUAAGUUAGUAGAUUUCUGUAAAAAGCUAUCUGUGAUACCGAUUGCUUACACACCAUUGGGGCUCUUGUCCGGAGCUAGGCCGGAGUUUGUUGGCAAAGAUGUCAUCAAAACGGAUCCAAAAUUAGAAAAGAUAGCGGAAAAGUAUGGAAAAACUAAAGCUCAAGUUGUUUUAAGAUAUUUGAUUCAACGUGGUAUCCCGGUUAUACCGAAAUCCUUUACAAAAUCCAGGAUAGAGGAGAAUUUGAACAUUUUUGAUUUCGAGCUGAACCAGGAUGAAAUGUCAAUCGUAGAUAGUUACAAUUUGGAUCAUCGUUGUGUGCCUUCAUUGCAAUUUAAAUCCUAUACUUAUUACCCAUUCUGA